AUGAUGAAGAUGAAUUGCAAGAGUUAGGUAGCAGAAAAACGUCCCGUACUCUUGGCCCUAUCGAUAAGUUUGCAAGCUCCAUCAGCCCUGAAACUUGUUUGAGUGCGAGAAUGAGCCAAAGGCAACAAACUAUUAGUGAAGCACUAUUUAAAGAGAGAACACAGUCUGUUCGUGAAUAUUGUGCUAGAUGGGUGUAUGAAGCUGGUAUACCUUUCAAUGCGAUUGACAAUGAUAGCUUCAAAUUGUUUGUUGAGGCGGUUGGUCAAUUUGGGCCGGGCUUCAAACCUCCCAGUCAAUACCAAUUGAAGGAACCACUAUUAAAGGGGGAAGUUGACAGAAUAAAAGAGUUAUUGAAGAAGCAUGAAGAAGAGUGGGCACGAACUGGGUGCUCCAUUAUGACAGAUGCUUGGACAGAUAGAAAAAGGAGGAGCAUCAUGAACCUAUGUGUUAAUUCUAAUGCAGGUACUGCUUUCCUUUCUUCUAAAGAGUCUUCAGAUGAAGCACAUACAAGUGAACUUAUCUUUGAGUAUGUGGAUAAAUGCAUUGAGCAAGUUGGGCCACAAAACGUCAUCCAAGUAGUAACCGACAAUGCUGCCAAUAAUAUGGGAGCGGCAAAAUUAUUGAAGGUGAAGAGGCCAAAUAUCUUUUGGACCUCAUGUGUUACUCACACCAUCAAUUUGAUGCUUGAAAGUAUUGGAAAACUGCCGAAGUAUAAGAAAGUCAUUGAUCAGGCCAAGAGUUUCACAAUCUUCAUUUAUGCACACCAUAAGACCUUGUCCUUAAUGAGGUCAUUUACGAAGAAGAGGGAUAUAGUGAGACCAGGAGUUACUAGAUUCGCUUCUGCUUUCUUGACUUUACAGAGUUUGAUGGAGAAAAAGGCCCAAUUGAGGGCAAUGUUUACCAGCUCCGAAUGGGAGGAGUGCAAAUGGUCAAAGAUUGUUAAAGGGAAAGCAGCCUAUGCUACUGUGAUGAGCAUUGCUUUUUGGAAUGGUGUGACUAUAUGCCUAAAGUUUUUGCACCUUUGGUGAAGGUGCUUCGAAUUGUUGAUGCGGAUAGAAAGCCUUCUAUGGGCUUUUUAUGUGGAGAGAUUAAGCAAGCAAAGGAAGAUAUUAAGGAGGCCUUAAAUAAUCUUGAAAAGAACUAUAAGCCUAUUAUGGAGAUUAUUGAAGCAAGGGUAAAAGAUAGGCUAGAUAGUCCACUACAUUUUGCAGCUUACCUUUUGAAUCCCUACUACUUUUUCAAGGAUAUGGAUAUACAACUUGAUAAUGAAGUGAUGGAUGGGCUUUUUAACUGUGUGGAGAUGUUUUAUCAUUAUGAUGGUGAAUUGCAAGGCCAUGUUAUAAAUGUUGAGUUGCCAAAGUAUACUCGUAAAGAUGGAGCUUUUGGAAAAUCGUGGGCAACUCAAGGGUGUGCGAAAAAUGAUGACAAUUAUAAUCCAGGUAUAAAAUUCUUUUAAUCAUUUCUAUUGUGUAUUAGUGUAUAAAUUAAAUUUGUUUACUUUAUACUUGUUUGACCUAUGUAGUUACAUGGUGGAUGACUUAUGGAAAUCAAACUCCAAACUUGCAAUGAAUGGCGAGAAAGAUUCUCUCGUUAACCACUAGUUCAUCCGGUUGUGAAAGAAAUUGGAGCACUUUUGAAGGGAUACAUACGAAGAAAAGAAAUAGACUAGACGUGAAUCGAUUGAACAAUCUAGUCUAUGUUCAAUUUAAUGCGAAAUUGAUGAACAAGCACAAAAGGGAGAAGGAAAGGAAUGUUGAUGUGCUACUUGCUAGUGAUGCUAGUAAUGCACAAGGAUGGAUCGUUGAUGGAGAAGAUGAUGAAGAAGUUGAGCCUGGUACGGGGCUCACUUGGGAAGUGGUUGGUGAAGCAUCGGGAGCAAACGAGAUGCUUCAAGCUCGAAGAAGUUCUAGGAUGAGAGAGCUUCAUGAAGAUGAUUUUCAAUCAGAAGAAGAAGAAGAGCAAGAAAUCAAUGAAUUUGAUUUUGAGUCCGAUGAAGAUCGUGUAUUGGAAGAAUAUGGAGAGGAAGAAGACCAAUUAGAUAGUUAGACUUAGAUUCUUCGGAUAUGGUUUAUGUUGUAUUAUUGCUACUUCUAUCUUCUUGAACUUAUAACUAAUAUAAUAGUUUAUUUUUUGAGUCUUAAUUCCAUUAUUUCACUUGUCUUUUCAACUUUGAUUUACCUGAAAAUAAUAUCAAAUUACAUCAAAAGGUUUUUAGAAAAAAAAAAAAAUCAUUUUUUCUAGUCGCCGCCUAGGCCCCGC